AUGUCUAACGAUUUUGACUACAAUUUCUACGACUACGCGAGCGAAAGUCGUGUCGACGAUAACACCAGCUUAUUUUCUCGCAUUCCCUGGGGACCAAGCCUCGUUCGCGUCGUCCUAGUUGUCCUGUUGCGAGCUGGAUUCGUUCUGAUACACAUCGGUAGCGUGCCAGUGGACAAUGUUAAUCUAAUUCUGCUGCAGAACAUCGCUGAUUUCUGUUGGGUGACGUUUGUCUAUAUACUGGUGGGAAUUGUCAUCGCCUACAACGGCGACGUAGGCGGGGUGGUAGGCGAAGGAUAUUGGGUCGGUGACGCGGUCGUCGAUAAGAACGAAGCCAUAGUUGGCUGGUCGGCUGUGGUAAUCGCAGCAGCGAUUUGCACCUGUGGAAUCGUGGGUCGAGCCCAUACCGUCGGUUACCUCGUAGUAGGAUUACUAUUAGCCGGUCUGAUACAACCGUUCUUGAUCCACUGGAUUUGGACACCCAAAGGAUGGAUGACACAGAAUUCACUGAGCGGAAGAGAUGUCAAGUUUCAAGAUUAUUCUGGAUCCGCGGACCUUGCGACGGCCAAUGAAUGUAAUCUCAGGAACACAAAAGCUUCACCACAUCAAUUUCUCCUGACCAAGGGGAUGUCUAACGAUUUUGACUACAAUUUCUACGACUACGCGAGCGAAAGUCGUGUCGACGAUAACACCAGCUUAUUUUCUCGCAUUCCCUGGGGACCAAGCCUCGUUCGCGUCGUCCUAGUUGUCCUGUUGCGAGCUGGAUUCGUUCUGAUACACAUCGGUAGCGUGCCAGUGGACAAUGUUAAUCUAAUUCUGCUGCAGAACAUCGCUGAUUUCUGUUGGGUGACGUUUGUCUAUAUACUGGUGGGAAUUGUCAUCGCCUACAACGGCGACGUAGGCGGGGUGGUAGGCGAAGGAUAUUGGGUCGGUGACGCGGUCGUCGAUAAGAACGAAGCCAUAGUUGGCUGGUCGGCUGUGGUAAUCGCAGCAGCGAUUUGCACCUGUGGAAUCGUGGGUCGAGCCCAUACCGUCGGUUACCUCGUAGUAGGAUUACUAUUAGCCGGUCUGAUACAACCGUUCUUGAUCCACUGGAUUUGGACACCCAAAGGAUGGAUGACACAGAAUUCACUGAGCGGAAGAGAUGUCAAGUUUCAAGAUUAUUCUGGAUCCGCGGUUGUUCAUCUCGUGGGAGGAUUAUCGGGAUUCAUGGGGUGCGCGGUGCUGGGGCGAAGAAUUCUUCUUUUGAGCUCCAUAGAUAACGCGAGUGUCGGUCCCGGUUCGCCAGGAACCGUCUAUGCCGGUCAUCUAAUGGUAUUCAUUGGCUUGCAGAGUCUCAGCAUGCCAAACGCCAACACAGAAACCCACAAAAUUGGAAAUAACCUUCACAACAUCUACAUCAACAACUUGUUGGCUGCGUCAUCGUGCAGCUUGCUUGUCGUAGCUUAUCAUUUCAUAUUCAUCACAGAAGAAUUCAAUCACUGGACUGUAAUGCGAUGUGUCCAAGCCAUAAUAGCUGGCUUAGUAAUGAUAUCAGCUGGAGCAGAUAAUUAUUGCCCUCUAAGAUCAAUUGGUGUGGCUUCGUUUGGAAGCAUAAUCUUUUUUUUAGUGUCGCGAAAAGUAUUUCAUAGCGCUCUCGAAGAUUAUUGUAAUAUUAUAGCUAUUUAUUUGGUCAGCUCUCUUCUGGGAAGUCUCUUGGCCCCUCUUGUCAAUAUCGAUGGCUCAGAGGAGAUUGAGUUCAUUUUAUUAAAUUUUUCUUGGCACCUGAUCUGUUUAAUCACGAUAAUGGCUCUUGUAGGCAUCGUCAUGUUGAUUGCCUUUGCUUUGUUAGAAUUUUUUGGUUUGUUGAGGAACAGAACAGAAUUUCUGAAUCAUUUAAGAGCGAAUAUUGCCGCGGAGAGGAGCCAGCAGAGAUCUUUGUUGCGGAGACUCUUCGGUGUCGGCAAUCGGGACGUUUUUCUUCAACCUGGAGGGACGCCUCGUCCUGAGCAGCAGUUAACGCGUUAAUUGUCGUGGUGACACCUUCGACUGGUGCAUUAAAUUUAAUUUAAUAGAAAAAAAUUGUAGGAUCUGGAUCUAUUUGUAAUUCAAAGGUGAAGUUAAAAUUUGUUGUAAUGUAUAAAAAUGUAUUAUAGAAAGAAUGAGCAGUAAAAGCUGUAC